AUGGACACCUCAACAAUGAAAAUGGAUGGAAGAAAAUAAUGUACCACUUUUGAAAUGGGUUUCUAGCAGUCCAGAUCUGUCACCUAUUGGAACUUUGUGGCACGAGAUGAAAAAGGUUCUACGACAACAUCCUGCUCGUACAAUCACCGAACUGAGACAAAAGCUCUAAGAAAUAUGGGAUUGUUUUACACCAAAUUUUUGCCAAAACUUGGUUAACACUAUGCCCCAAAGAAUUUCAGCCGUAAUAAAAAAUAAGGGUUAUGUUAC